UGGGAAAUGGCCCUCUCAGUGGACUCAUCCUGGCACCGGUGGCAGUGGCGAUUCAGGGAUGACCACCUGCAGUGUCCAUCAGAAGCCACACCACUGCUGUCCCCAGAGAAGGGGCGGCUGAGCUACAACCUGACGCAGCAGCGGGUCGUGUUCCCCAACAACAAUACGUUCCACCAAGACUGGGCAAAGGCCUCCAGGAGAUACUCCGGCAACCGAAUCUGCACGACCAAGUACACCCUUCUCACCUUCCUGCCCCAGAAUCUCCUGGAGCAGUUUCACAGGUGGGCCAACCUCUACUUCCUGCUCCUGGUGAUUCUGAACUGGAUGCCCGCCAUGGAGGUUUUCCACAGGGAAAUCACCAUGUUACCACUGGCCACCGUGCUGUUCAUCAUCAUGGUCAAGGAUGGCAUGGAGGACUUCAAGAGAUACCGCUUCGAUAGAGCGAUAAACUGCACCCGCAUCCAGAUAUAUGAAAGGAAAGAGCAGAACUACGUGCAGAAGCGCUGGAAGGAUGUGCGUGUGGGGGACUUCAUCCAGAUGCACUGCAAUGAGAUCGUGCCAGCCGACAUACUCCUCCUCUUUUCCUCGGACCCCAGCGGGAUCUGCCACCUGGAAACGGCCAACUUGGAUGGAGAGACAAACCUCAAACAGAGGCGUGUGGUGAAGGGCUUCUCUCAGCAGGAGGUACAGUUCGAACCAGAACAUUUCCACAGCACCAUUGUGUGUGAGAAACCCAACAACCACCUCAACAAAUUCAAGGGUUAUAUGGAGCAUCCUGACCAGACCAGGACCGGCUUCGGCAGUGAGAGUCUUCUGCUUCGAGGCUGCACCAUCAGAAACACUGAGGUGGCUGCUGGCAUUGUCGUCUACGCAGGCCACGAGACGAAAGCCAUGCUGAACAACAGCGGCCCGCGGUACAAACGCAGCAAGAUCGAGCGCCGCAUGAACACAGAUAUCUUCUUCUGCGUCGGGCUCCUCUUCCUCAUGUGCCUCAUUGGAGCUGUAGGUCACAGCCUCUGGAACGGGACCUUUAGAGAGCACCCUCCCUUCGACGUGCCAGAUGCCAAGGGCAGCUUCCUUCCCCUUGCCCUGGGGGGCUUCUACAUGUUCCUCACAAUGAUCAUCCUGCUCCAGGUGCUGAUCCCGAUCUCCCUGUACGUAUCUAUUGAGCUGGUGAAGCUCGGGCAAGUGUUCUUCCUGCACAAUGACCUUGACCUGUACGACGAAGAGACCGAUUCGUCUAUUCAGUGUCGCGCCCUCAACAUCACAGAGGACCUGGGCCAGAUCCAGUACAUCUUCUCUGACAAGACAGGGACGCUGACCGAGAACAAGAUGGUGUUCCGGCGCUGCACCAUCGUGGGCAGCGAGUAUUCUCACCAGGAGAACGCCAAGAGACUGGAGAUUCCAAAGGAACUGGACUCGGACAGUGAAGAGUGGACCCAAUACCAGUGCCUGUCCUUCCCGAGCAGGUGGGCCCCGGGCCCAGCAGCCCUGAGAAGCCGAGGAGGGGUCCAGCCCCUCCGGAGGAGCCAGAGUGCCCGGGUACCCAUGCAGGGCUGUUCCCGACAGAGGUCCGCGGGGCGCUGGGAAAACAUGCAGUCCCCUGUGGCCUUCAGCAGCUCCAUAGAAAAAGAUGUGACUCCAGAUAAAAACCUACUGACCAAGGUGCAAGAGGCUGCCCUGUGGCUGGGGGCCUUGCCGGGCUCCAGGCCCGCCAGGCCUGGCGUCUCCACCACCUCCUCCAUCGCUGACUUCUUCCUCGCGCUAACCAUCUGCAACUCCGUCAUGGUGUCCACAACCACCGAGCCCAGGCAGAGGGUCACCAUGCCACCUUCAACCAAGGCUCUGGGGACAUCGCUGGAGAAGAUCCAGCAGCUCUUCCAGAAGUUGAAGCUGCUGAGCCUCAGCCAAUCUUUCUCAUCCAGUGCGCCCUCUGAUGCCACCCUGGGGGAGAGUUUGGGGGCCAACAUGCCCACUACAGACUCAGAUGAACGAGAGGACGACGCGUCAGUGUGCAGUGGAGGCUACUCCACUGAUGGCGGCUCUAGGAGCAGCACAUGGGACCAAGGUGACAUGCUGGCGUCUGGGCCGGGCGCCUCCUUAGAGGAAGUGCUGGGGGACCCGGCCCUAGGCCUGGCCAGCUCCGAGCUCUGUUACGAGGCCGAGAGCCCCGACGAGGCCGCCCUGGUGCACGCUGCCAAUGCCUACAGCUUCACACUCGUGUCCCGGACACCCGAGCAGGUGACCGUGCGCUUGCCCCAGGGCACCUGCCUCACCUUUGAUGUCCUCUGCACCCUGGGCUUCGACUCUGUCAGGAAGAGGAUGUCUGUGGUCGUGAGGCACCCGCUGACAGGGGAGAUCAUCGUCUACACCAAGGGCGCCGACUCGGUGAUCAUGGACCUGCUGGAAGACCCCGCCCGCGUCACUGAUGUCGAUGUGGAAAAGAAGAUGAGGAAAAUCCGAGCCCGGACCCAGAAGCAUCUGGACUUGUAUGCAAGAGAUGGCCUUCGAACUCUGUGCAUUGCCAAGAAGGUCCUAAGUGAAGAGGACUUCCGGAGGUGGGCCAGUUUCCGGCAUGAGGCUGAGGCAGCCCUCGACAACCGAGAGGAGCUUCUGAUGGAGACCGCACAGCAUCUGGAGAAUCAGCUCACCUUACUUGGAGCCACUGGGAUCGAAGACCGGCUGCAGGAAGGAGUGCCGGACACAGUCGCUGCUCUGCGGGAAGCUGGCAUCCAGCUCUGGGUCUUGACUGGAGAUAAGCAGGAGACAGCGGUCAACAUUGCCUAUGCCUGCAGACUGUUAGAUCAGACCGACACUGUGUACUCCAUCAACACAGAAAAUCAGGAAACCUGUGAAUCCAUCCUCGACUGUGCGCUGGAAGAGAUAAAGCAAUUUCAUGGGCCACAGAAGCCAGGACGCAAGCUCUUCGGGUGGCGCCUGCCUUCUGAGACACCUCCCCCCACCUCCGAAGCCGCAGUUCCAAAGGUUGGCCUGGUCGUCGAUGGGAAAACACUGAAUACCAUCUUCCAGGGAAAGCUGGAGAGGAAAUUUCUGGAGUUGACCCAGUACUGCCGGUCUGUCCUCUGCUGCCGCUCCACCCCGCUCCAGAAGAGCAUGAUCGUCAAGCUGGUGCGAGACAAGUUGAGAGUCAUGACGCUUUCCAUAGGUGAUGGAGCAAACGACGUAAGCAUGAUUCAAGCUGCGGAUAUUGGCAUCGGAAUAUCUGGACAGGAAGGCAUGCAGGCUGUCAUGUCCAGCGACUUCGCCAUCUCCCACUUCAGGCACCUCAAGAAGCUGCUGCUGGUGCACGGCCACUGGUGUUACUCGCGGCUGGCCCGGAUGGUGGUGUACUACUUCUACAAGAACGUGUGUUACGUCAACCUGCUCUUCUGGUACCAGUUCUUCUGCGGCUUCUCAGGCUCCACCAUGAUCGACUACUGGCAGAUGAUAUUCUUCAACCUCUUCUUCACCUCGCUGCCCCCUCUCGUCUUCGGAAUCCUCGACAAAGACAUCUCUGCGGACACACUGCUGGCGCUGCCCGGGCUGUACAAGAGCGGCCAGGACUCCGAGUGCUAUAACCUGGCGACCUUCUGGAUUUCCAUGGUGGAUGCGUUCUACCAGAGCCUCAUCUGCUUCUUUAUCCCUUACCUGGCCUACAAGGACUCUGAUAUCGACGUCUUCACCUUCGGGACGCCCAUCAACACCGGCGCCCUUGCCACAAUCCUCUUGCACCAGGCGAUGGACAUGAAGACCUGGACUCUCCUCCACGCGCUGGUCCUCGCAGGCAGCUUCCUGAUGUACUUUGUGGUGUCCCUGGUGUACAACGCCACCUGCGUCACCUGCAACAGUCCUACCAACCCCUACGGGGUGAUGGAAGGCCAGCUCUCAGACCCCACUUUCUACCUCGUCUGCUUCCUCACACCGGCCGCGGCUCUCCUCCCAAGGUACUUUUUCUUGUCUCUGCAAGGGACAUAUGGGAAGUCCCUCAUCGCAAAAGCUCAGAAAAUUGACAAACUCCCCACGGACAAAAGAGACCUGGAGAUCCAGAACUGGAGAAGCAGACAAACGCCUGCCCCUGUCCCCAGAGAGCCUCAGCCCACCCGCUGUCCAGUGCCACCUGAACAGGACUUCAGAACCAGCGCCCCAAAGAGCUCCAGCCCUCCCAAGCAGAAGUGCAGGGCGAGCCAGGGGGGUCCUGGAGAGGGAAGCAGCAGGGAGCACGCACGGGAGGACCCAUGCUCAGUGGACUCUGCAGCGACACUCGCCUCCAGAGACCUUCUUCUGGGCAGCCUGAUGGCUCCCGGCGCCCACCCAAGUGGACAGACCGGCGCAUACCAGCGUUCGGGCAGGGGCAGCCAUCGCCGAUCCCAGAGCUCAAUGACCAUAUGA